AGCCAUAAUUUACAUUACGGCGGUCUGUCAAACUCUUGGCAAACCUGUUGCUGCAGCUGUUGACACUUUCGAAACGGAUAUAGCCGAGUUAUAAAGCGCAUUCCUAUCUAUAAGGUUGAUGCUGUAGCUGGACACCCACGGCCAUGCAGGAUAUACGACUACGUCUGGAGCCGCAACAUAAUACAGCCGCGUUCACCAACUCACCAGCAGAGGCAACAUCUUCGGCCGCAACUCUGGUCAAUGCGGAGGCAGCGCUCAUUGAGACUGGCGAAAGGAAAGGUUCUGCGGAAGGCUCGCCGCUAGUUCAGCUGCUACCUGAGCUAAGUUUCAGCGCACCCACAGCGAACAGCACAGUUCAUUAUUAUCAACAUCAACAUCAACAUCARCCUCACUCCCAUCAGCAUCCUCAUCAGCAUUCGCAUUCCCGUUCCCACUCGCAUUCGCAUUCGCAUCCUGUGCAGCCACGUGCCACGCCCCGGCAUCAGGUGGAGGAGCUGCAGCUGCUGCACAGCCAUCACACAGCGCACAGCCCACACAAUGGCCAAGAGCUGGGCGAACAGCAGAUGCCACGUUCACCCAGCUCCGAGGAGGACAAUUCCCCAACUGAAAUGAAUAAUUGUCGUCGUUUGGUUGAUAAACCGCCUCUGGUGAAGCGCCUCACCAUGGGCAUUGGACUGCUGCGUGGCACUGAGGACAGCCGCCCCCUGGUCCACAACACGUGCUCCUCCUCCCUGAACUCGGGCUCAUCGCAGACCAUAUCGGAUGGCUAUGUGAACGAGGCCAUCUGCGAGCCGGACAAGUAUGUGGCUAGCAAAUUCGGCGACUCCUGUCGCCAGUCGCUGACGGCUCUGGAAACGGCCACACAGCGCUUACAGUCGGAGCUACCCAACAGCAAGAAAUAUUUGAGGGAAACAAGCAGCGCCAACUCCAGCCCGAAACUGUUUGCAGCGAGUUCCCCCUUGCGCCUGGACAACCUCAGCCUGGCCGAACAGCAGGAGCUGAAGGGCGCCGCCUGGUAUCAGGCGGGUAUACCCAGGGAGAUCUCACUGGAGGUGCUAUCCCGCCAGAGUCCAGGCGCAUUCCUAGUGCGCCAAAGCAGCACCAAGCCGGGCUGCUUUGCAUUAUCCCUGCGUGUGCCACCACCCGCGCCACGCGUGGCACACUACCUGAUACUGCGAACCCAGCGCGGCUAUAAGAUCAAGGGCUUCACCAAGGAGUUUAGUUCGCUGCGAGCAUUGAUCACCCAUCAUUCGGUAAUGCCAGAGCUGUUGCCCGUGCCGCUCACCCUGCCACGUCCCCCGCAUAUACGCGCCCACGCACAAACCUAUGGCCACGGGAGCGGAAACGGAAAUGGGGCUGGAGGGGACUUUGACAUGUACGGAUCGCUGAAUGAUUUUCGCAAAAUGAUGGCCGAUUUGAAUGUGUGACACAGCAGCAGGCAUGAUGCAAGCGGGAGCAGCUAAUUAAUUAAUUAUUGGCAUAUUGAUUGAAUUAAGCUCACAAUCGGGAGUCUGGCGGUGCUGCUGUCGGGACAGGAUGACAAACUGUUUAAUUUGCCUAAUUGGCUGUGCUGGCGGUUAACGUAGCGACCGAAAACA